CCCAGCCCCUGCUCCAACCCCGGCUCCUGCCCUAGGCUCAAUGCUUGUGUCUCAGGAGCCCAGUGUGGUUCUCUCCAGGGGCUACCAGGAGGGGCAGAUCUCAACGAGCUGGGGAAACCUUAUUGCAAUGGUUCUUAGAAGCCAUCCUUUCCCCAGGCAAGAGAGGCCACAAGGGAGUUCCCCAAAGGCAGCGCCUGGGAGACCUACAGAUCUUGGCACUUUCGCACACUCUGGGGACAGACAGCCCGGUUCUCCCUCUGAAGGGGCCAUCCCCGGCCUUGAGGACAAGCGCAGCUCUUCAGUGGGGAUGGUCUCAGAGGCAGGCGAAGGGGGCCUGGUGGAGGCUGGAUGUCAGCCACCAGCAGGAAGCUCCGAGACCAAUGGGGCUCCCACGCCGGGCCCUUCCCCAAGCCCAAGAGGAGAGAGAACCUGGGAGAAAAGUCUAGACUCACCGCCUCCCGCUGCAAUGCCCAGGACCCCUUCGCAGCCCCCUGUGCAAAGGCAGUCUGGAUGCACACCACCGCCUGCUGUGAAGGGGUACUCACAGCCCGUGCCCCGGCCACGCAAACGCAGCCUGUGUGAAAUAGCCCAGGGCUCUGAACAGGAGGUCGGCCGGGCAGUCCCAGGGCAGUCCCAGGAGGUAGUGCCCGGGGAGGAGGCCAGGGCUGCAGGCAGCUCCAAGAUGCUCACAGAGAAGCAGAAAGAGGCCCGAAAACUCAUGGUUUUUCUGCAGAAGCCUGGGAGCUGGGGGGUGGUGCAGGGGCCCCGGCAGCUCAGCUCAAGGGCCCUGGAGCCCGGCACGGCAGCGGCUCUGCCGCGGCGGCUGGACCUGGGCAGCUGCCUGGAUGUGCUGGCCUUCGCCCAGCAGCACGGGGAGCCUGGUCUGGCCCAGGAGACCUACGCCUUGAUGAGCAACAACCUGCUGCGCGUGCUGGGAGACCCGCAGCUCUACCGGCAGCUGAGCGGGGCUGACCGGGAGCGAAUCCUGAGCCUGCGGACGGGCCGGGGCCAGGCGGUGCUGGGCGUCCUCGUGCUGCCCAGCCUCUACCAGGAGAACACCUGGCGGCCCCUGACCCAGGUGCCCGAGGAGGCCCCGCUCCGGGGCUGCGGUCUCUGCACCAUGCACAACUACCUGUUCCUGGCGGGGGGCAUCCGUGGCUCCGGCGCCAAGGCCGUCUGCUCCAACCAGGUCUUCUGCUACAACCCUCUGACCGACAUCUGGAGCCAGGUUCGGCCCAUGCAGCAGGCCCGGGCCCAGCUCAAGCUGGUGGCCCUGGACGGGCUGCUGUAUGCCAUCGGGGGCGAGUGCCUGUACAGCAUGGAGCGCUACGACCCCCGCACGGACUCCUGGACCUUGCGCGCCCCGCUCCCUGCGGGCACCUUCCCUGUGGCCCACGAAGCCGUGGCCUGUCGCGGGGACAUCUAUGUCACAGGGGGUCACCUCUUCUACCGCCUGCUCAGGUACAGCCCCGCUAAGGACGCUUGGGACGAAUGCCCCUACAGCGCCAGCCACCGGCGCUCCAGCGACAUAGUGGCGCUGGGAGGCUUCCUGUACCGCUUCGACCUGCUGCGCGGCGUGGGCGCCGCGGUGAUGCGCUACAACACGGUGACAGGCUCCUGGAGCCGGGCCGCCUCCCUGCCCCUGCCGGCACCCGCCCCGCUGCGCUGCACUGUGCUGGGAAACACCAUCUACUGCCUCAACCCCCAGGUCACCGCCACCUUCACCGUCUCUGAGGGGACUGCUCAGUUCCAGGCCAAGGAGCUGCAGCCCUUUCCUCUGGGGAGUAACGGGGUCCUCUGUCCCUUCAUCCUGACUCUCCCCGGCAAGGGCCGGCUGCAGACCUCGCUGUGAGGGGCUGGCAGAGAGCCGGGAGAUCUGAGGGCAGGUGGGGGGCGCACAGGAGGGGGCUGAGACCAGAACUUCCUGCUGUUGUUUCUGGGACAGCUUUCCCUUUCUGUUGUGAUACGUCUCCUGCCUUAAAGGCUGUCAGUUAUUUCUGGAGAGCGUGCGACCCCUCUGCCCCCCAGCCCAGGCUCCUUUCUAGCACUCCCCACCUCACCCAGGCUGUUUCCGGCCCCAGUUCCUUACCUGCUGUCUUGGCUAGCUCGCCCACACCCCAUCUGCGCGACUCUCCAGUGCCAGGGCCCCAGGCGCCGGGACUUGGCUUGCCAAGGAGCUCAGCUGAGCGGAGAGAGGAGAUGGCUGGAAACCAUUCACGCUUCUGUGCUCUGUCAAGGGGGGAGAGGGAGCAAAGACGUCCCCAGCUAACACCCUCACCUCUGGGACUUUCUGCCUGCCCUGAGGCCUUUUGGGGGCCUGGCUUGCCUCUGCCCAGGUACCAACCUCACUAUCUUCCUGGGUCUGAUUGGCGCUGUGGAUCCUCGAUGGCCCGGGACCCUUUCCUGCGAACUUGGGGUGGGUGGGUGCUGCUCUGCUGUCUGUAGCCCCUGCCCAGACCAGGCCAGGACCACUUGGGCUCACAACCCUCUGCAGCCUCCUGGGGCCUCUCCCAGCCCCUCCAGAAUGCCACCCCACUGCCCACGAACCACCCUGUAACUGAGACCUGAGUUUUACCCUAGUCCUGUUCCUGUUUAGCUGUGUGGACUUGGAUAAGACAUUUAACUUCCCUUUUUCCUUGUCUGUAAAAUGAAUGCAAUGGACACCUGUCACUCAGGAGAGUUGUGGGAGAUAAGAUCACAAGUGUGGGCACCUUGCACGGUGCUGGGGACACAGCACAAUGCAUAACGCGUCUCCUCCCUUCCCCAACUUUGAGACCCACUUUAGGGAGGUGAAUAAAUGUGACUGGACACAGCUGCCCAACCUCUGG